CACCUUAUAUAUGCAUGAUCCCGGUGCCAACGCAGGUUAUUCGGUCGCCGCGAUGGACCUGUUUACGUCCAACGACGAGAACCGCCAUCGCAUCCAGGUGGUGGAGAAUUCAUUUGGUCCUGCGGGGCAGCCCCUGUCCAAGCCGGGUCGGUAUCUGAUGGGACAGGGCCGCCUGGUGAAGCAGGGUCGCCGGAAGCCCCAGCCCAAGGUUUUCUUCCUCUUCAGCGACGUGCUGGUGUACGGCAGCAUCAUCCUGCACCGCCGCUGGCACAAAAACCAGAAGGUCAUCCCUCUAGAGGACAUCAUGCUCAAGGACAUGGAGGACACUGAGGGAUUGAAGAACCAAUGGCUGAUGCGCACGCCGCGCAAGUCGUUCUUCGUGUCCGCCCCGUCGUACGAGGAGAAGUGGGCCUGGAUGGAGCACAUCGAGGAGUGCCGCUCGAACCUGCUGCAGGGCGGCGGCAGCCAAGCUGGCUCCACCUUUGCUGUGGCGUGGAUCCCAGACCAGGCUGCCUUCAAGUGCAUGCGCUGCUUUGACAAUUUCACCAUGACCAAUCGCCGCCACCACUGCCGAAAAUGUGGCUUUUUGGUGUGCAACGCGUGCUCUACGCAGCGAGCGGUGAUCGGCCACAUUCACCCCACCAAGCGGUUGAGGGUCUGCAGCCUGUGCGACACGAGGACGAAGGAGUACGAGAUGUCCAGCCCGGGAGGGAACGGCACUGGGAAGAAUAGCUCGGAGGAAGACAAUGAGGCGGCAUCCAGUGACGAAGAAGAGGGAGUGGAGACGAUGGAGGGCCACGCUUACAGCAGCUGGCUGGUGUCCCAUCAGGGCACCUGUGGACAGACGGGCACCUACGUUUACCCGAUACCAAUGAAUCAGAGGCCCCAGUGAAACAUGAGCACAUCGAGACGGUCUCUCAGACACGUUUACCAUCAUCGAGCGUCAUCUUAAACAAUGAAGUCAAAGAGUAUUGGCCUUUUGAAUGGGCCGAGAUGGCACAAAGGUAAACAAAUGCAAUAGAGGAACGUUAAAAACAUUGAGAGAGAACCAUGUAUUGUAUUUUUAACUAUUUAAUGUUGUCGUACCUGAGUUUUUAAACACAGUUCCCGAUCCAUGGAAAAACACCAUUAUCUUCUCAAACAUUAUUUGAUGUUGAGAAGAGCAGUGUAUGCAGUUAUGAAACUUCAUUUUAUCAGUUUAUACUUUGCUACUUUUUAAUUUUGCUUCGAAAUGAUCUAAAAACAAUAAAAGCAUUUAAA